AUGGCUGGUGAGCUCCAGCAGUCUGCGGUAUCAGCUCAGCCAUACCUCACUCGCAACCAACAAGAUUUGCUUGCGGCUGCCUUGCACUCACAAGCCAACCCCCCCUCUAAGUUUGCCAUCGCGGCAGGUCCAAACUCAAUCGCACCAAAAACAACGUCGCCUCGUCAAAUGGCUACCCUUGGCGAAGACGGCCUCUACACGGGCCAGCAUAACGCCACAUUCGAUUCUUUCGAUGUCGAUUUCACUCCUGAACUUGAUUUCCUGGAUGGCGAUGAAAGCUUCGAUUUCGACGACACGGAGUUUGGUGAUGAUCUCAUUGGAGCACUUCCCGGGCGCGAUGGCUCUGGUAAUCAAAAGACCACGAAUGGUGAUCAAAAGCGAAAGAUGUCGACCGAGGAUGACUCCGGUGAUGCUUCUGACCCCAAAAGGCAAGAACUGCAAGAAGGAGAGAGGAGCACAAAGAAGCCUGGCCGUAAGCCACUUACCAAUGAGCCUACCACAAAACGCAAGGCGCAGAAUCGAGCUGCGCAACGCGCAUUCCGUGAGCGCAAAGAAAAGCACGUCAAAGAUCUUGAGAUAAAAGUUGCGGAGCUGGAAAAGGCCAGCGAGGCUAACCGGCAUGAGAAUGGUGUACUCAAAGCUCAAAUCGAACGACAGCAAGCAGAGUUGCGGGAAUACAAGAAACGACUAUCGCUCCAGGGCACAAUCAAGCGAUCGCCAUCAUCAUCUGUGUCUCACUCGCAGCAUCACAGUCUUUCUGGAUCGCUAAGCGAUAAUUUCCAGUUUGAUUUCGCUCAAUUCGGAUCACAGACUGAUGAAAACAAAAUUGGAGCACUCAGACCUCCCGGUAAUCUACAUUCGACCAUUGAGCAGCAAAAUCCCACAUCGCGCCCUCCGGAUAUAUCAAAUAAUGGAGCCUCGCUUUCGCCUGGGAGCGGGUCAAAUUUACCAGUAUACGGCUCAAAUAAUGCACACGAACUUCCUAACCUGUUUCCGACCAAUACUUUGACCGACUUGUUCUCUCCUGGACUGCUCAAGAGUGCCAAUCUCGAUGCAUAUUUCUCCAACACCCAAUCCAACUCUGAUUUGGGCAAUGCGAGAACGUACACGGCAGACAACGGCGGUGACUCGACUGCAGGUCUGAACCGCGUGUUCCAAUUCAAUGGAGACAGCAAUGCUAGCGACACCACAUCCCCCAGCGCUAGCUCUAACAGUCAAUGGAAUGCUAACGGUAUCACGAGCAGCUCAUGCGAAACGUCGCCGGAGCCGUACAAUGACGCUCCGUCGGCAAGGAACAAAAGCUUGACUACCACUAUAUUCGCUUCUCCACAAAACUCUGCUCUGUCUUCGUAUAACAGUGAUAGUCCAAACACGCUUCCGACUGGCCCAAUCAGCUCGACAUCAAAUUUUGGAACUAUUGACUACAGUGUACCUUCAACGGCUGGCUUCGACCCGGUGUUGUUCGGAGACUAUCGCGAAAGCCAAGCAGCGAUUGUUGGUGCUGGAGAUUUCACAGGUGGAUUCUUUGAUGAUGCACUUUACUCCGCGCCAGUUGACUACAAUUCGCCCAGUUCGCUGUUUGGAAUCCUCCAAUCGCCUCAGCAAACGAAAGCGUCACCCGUCGCCACACAAACGAACGCAGCCGGGGCGCCGUCAAGUAAGAGUCUUAUCGCCGAAAUGGAGAAGGCGCGGGACGGCGAUGAAAGCGCUACGUCUGUUGACGGAAAGUUUAUCAGUUGCAACAAGAUUUGGUCGCAACUUCAAAACAACCCGGACUUCCAGGAUGGCAAGUUCGAUCUCGAUCAAUUGUGCUCAGAGCUUCGCACGAAAGCGAAGUGUUCUGAGUCCGGUAUGAUGGUGCCACGCGAGCACGUUGACAAAGCACUCCGAAAGCUCGGGCAUAAAGAUACCGCGGCUCAAGCUGUUCAAGACCAUCCGCAUCUGCAAUUUGAGGCGGAUAGCUUGGAUGCUUUCAUGAAGAAGUUCUCCCGUUGA